CAAUAUGUUUUCCAUUCCAAAAAAAAUCUAUACUGAAGCAGACGUGAAGAGGAAAAUCAAAAUGGAUUCUCUUAAAAUUAUUUUUGUGUUUUUUCUUAGUUUCUUUUCAUUAAUUAGCGGAUCGCCAAAUUGUAAUAGUAAAACUGCCUAUAGGAUAGUUAUUAGUGAUGAUUGUAGAACAGUAUGGAUGUGUCGUAGACCAGGAAUGUCUGCAAUGAAACUUACAGAUUGCCCAGAAGGAUCUGUUGUAGGGAGAGGUGCACGAUGUGUUCCCGAGGGUUCUCCAUUAAACAUUUGCACAGUAAAGCAUGUAAAGAAAACGUGUGGAUUGAGUAUAAAUCCGUGCAGGCAUGGUGGGACAUGCGUGCCAGGAACCAAACCAAAAGAAUUUAAAUGUCAGUGCCAGGUGCCAUAUACAGGCAGAUACUGUGAAAUAGUGCCAUCACCAGCUGAACUUUGUACUGUGUCACCAAAGUUUACACGACUUCCUGAUAAAGAGUACUGCCAGAUUUACUUCGACUGUGGUGACAAGACGGGGGAACCAGUGAAAAAAGAAUGUUCCUAUCCUUUACAAUUUGACGUUGAAAAACAGUCUUGUGAAGACUUUCAUACGGUUAGAUGUGGCAACAGAAAAAAUCUGAAGUCUAAAUGUCAAUAUAACAGAUACAAAACGAUGAAAUCCCCUUUUACGUCUUGUGAGAUGGCAUAUCCAAGCUGUGAAAAGAAGUCAAACGGAUUUCAACCACAUCUUAAAAGACCGCAAUCUCCGUGGUAUAUGGUAUGUAAAGACGAACAUCUUGUGAAAACAGGAUUUUGUGGAUCAGAUAAAAGUGGUAAAAAGAUCGCUACAAAAGAGGGAUGUAAAAAUGUAUUUGAUGUUUCUCAGGAAGAGGGUGGAAUGAAACCAGAUUGUACGAGUAAACCGGAAGGGUUCUAUCCACUUCAAGGCGGAAGUUGUCAACAAUUUUUCUACUGUAAAAAAGAUAAAACCUACACCAAACGAUGUCCUAAAUUUUUAACAUUUGAUACCAUAACAGCCAGAUGUAGACUAAAGAUACAAGUAUGCAGGCCUUGUGGGACGAAAAAAUGCUGAAGAGUAAAAGAACAUCCAUGAAAGACGAAUAAUAAAACUAAUUAUCAGCAAAAUA